UGUUGACGUCGUCCUUAGCACACUUGACAGUGUUUGUACUGCCAGCCGGUGGCAGCUGAAGGAAUCUGGCGGACACAUCGGACUGGGCAGAGAGUGAUUCAGUGAGGGGAAACACUCGUGGAGACAGCCGCCGGGAACACCAGUAUCCGACGUUCACCUGAACGCAGACAGAGACUUCUAUCGGCAGUGGGCGAACAAAGUUACCAUGAUGGCAGUCCUGGGCAGCGCCGGUCGCUUGAUCCAAUUUGCCAGGAGCAGUGUCAGUCUGAGUGUAAGGAGACGCUCCACUGCUGCUGCUUUAGCCCAGACGGCCACUCCAGAAACACAGGAGAACAGGAAACCUAAGACGGGCAUCCUGAUGCUGAACAUGGGAGGACCCGAGAAACUAGAAGAUGUCCACGACUUCCUGCUGCGGCUCUUCAUGGACACAGACCUGAUGAAACUCCCUGUGCAGAAUAAGCUUGGUCCGUUCAUUGCUAAGCGUCGCACGCCGAAGAUCCAGGAGCAGUACAGUAAGAUUGGAGGGGGCUCGCCCAUCAAGCACUGGACCUCUAUGCAGGGAGAGGGCAUGGUGAAGCUGCUGGACGAGAUGAGUCCUGAGACUGCUCCGCACAAGUUCUACAUUGGUUUCCGGUAUGUUCAGCCGCUGACGGAGAACGCCAUCGAAGAGAUGGAGAAAGACGGAGUGGAGAGAGCCGUGGCCUUCACACAGUAUCCUCAGUACAGCUGUUCCACCACAGGCAGCAGUCUGAACGCCAUCUACCGUUACUACAGCAACAGAGGCGAAAGGCCAAAAAUGAGCUGGAGCGUCAUUGACCGCUGGCCCACACACCCCCUGCUGGUGGAGUGUUUUGCAGACCACAUCAGUAACGAGCUGCAGAAAUUCCCAGAAGAUAAGAGAGACGACGUCGUCAUCUUGUUCUCAGCACAUUCGCUCCCGAUGGCUGUUGUAAACAGAGGCGACCCGUAUCCUCAGGAAGUGGGAGCCACAGUUCAGAGAGUCAUGGAGAGACUCGGGCACUGUAAUCCUUACAGACUGGUGUGGCAGUCAAGGGUGGGACCCAUGGCGUGGCUCGGCCCCCAGACGGACGAGGUGAUUAAAGGCCUGUGUGAACGAGGGAAGAAGAACCUCUUGCUGGUGCCCAUCGCCUUCACCUCAGACCACAUAGAGACAUUACAUGAGCUGGACAUCGAGUAUGGACAGGUGCUGGGGGAGGAGUGCGGAGUGGAGAACAUCAGGAGAGCAGAGUCGUUGAACGGGAACCCUCUUUUCAUGAAGACUCUAGCAGACCUGGUCCACUCCCACCUGAAGUCCAACAUGCCCUGUUCCCGCCAGCUGACCCUCCGCUGCCCGCUGUGCACCAACCCCACCUGUGGAGAGACCAAGGCCUUCUUCGCCAACCAGACACUGUCAUAGAAAACACACACACACACACACACACACAAACCCACACACACACGCAACCACACAGGCACACAUCUGUAGGUGCCCUUCUUGCAGCAGUGCUACCCAUGCAGAAACUGAAGGCCUUCUUCAAUAAAACACAUGCAUACUAUAAACAAUAAACACAUACUGUCUCUCCAGCAAGAGUGUCAGUUACACAGUGAACAGAUCAUGAGGAACUGGCCAAAUGGUUUCUGCAGAUACAAUUUGGCGUUUGUUUUAUUGUACCUGAGUGUCGGAGCGAAGGAGUUAAGCCACUUCAAACAUAAGAAAAAUACAUUUACAGGUAGAUCAACAGUUAUGCAUUUUGGAAGUCACACUUAAACAAUGAUUGGAAUUCUUUAUAUCAGGCAUUUGAUAAACGGAUGAUGCAGUUUAUGGUUUACAUGCAUUGAUUGAUUCUCGUGGGAUUUGGAGACAAUAAGACGAAACAGACUUCUUCUCUUUGAACUGGAUCAGUCAGUUUCAGAAUCUGACUGAUAAGUGAAAAGCAAAAAAAAAAGUUACCUGAAUAUUCUUCAGUCUGACCGGCACACCGCGGAGAAAACAAACGUCCCUGUAAUUCCAACAGAUUCCGUUUGGUUUAGUUUUGGCAGAUAAAAGAACUGGCACUCUGCAGAAACAUCUGCUCACAUCACAUCUGCUACAGAAAAAGCCUCUCACUAGUUUUGUUGUUGUUGUUUGUGUUUUUUUUGAAAAUUAUAGUUCCCCUGCUUACAUUCCAUUCACUUGGCCCCUGCAAACUCCCAUCAGAGAUCCUGCUUCUCUUCUUGCUGGUGCUUAAUGAAUCACAGUCAGCCGAGGGUGAUGACACCACCCAUUAGGGACCCCUAUUGUUGGCUGUUUCUCUUCCCCGUCAUCACGUCUGUUGCUUCGUGCCGUUGGGCCAGGAGCCAGAAACCCCGUCCCAUCCAGCCAGUCCUGGCAGUGUCACUGGAGGAGGUUGGUGCUCCUCAAAACCCUUUGCUCGAUAAAUGAAUUUGAGUGAGCUUAUUGGUACGGUCCCACACGCGCAAUUCAGUGUGUGAACAUUGCCUGCUGAGGCGAAUAUUGCAGUGAAGUUCAACAAAGUUAAAUUCCACGUGAGGCGAACACACUCGUUUGCUCACGUAAUUUUGGGUGUGUGACCGUACCCUGGGAGAGAGAGAGAGCACGAUUUAGCACAAAUUGCAGCUACUUUAGGGAUUCGACAGAUUUUACUUUGACUGUCAAGACAAAAUCCAAGAUAAAAACUAAGACAUUAGUAAUUAAGAAUUAUAACUAGAAAAAAUUAAUGCUGCGUCAUUUUAUGUUGGUGCUAUACAUAGGUAACAAAAAGGUAUUGCAUGGCUUCUAUAGCAGACUAGAUUGCAGCUGUAGUCCAGCUAAGUUAAAGAGGGUCUGGGGUGGAAACCUCUCAGGGUGUCGUGAAAUCAUUUGUGGGGUAUUGUGACUUGGUUUACAAGCUUGGAGAAACAUGUUGCUAUGAUACAAUUUCAUUAACAAGUUUAUUUUUAUACUCUGCGUUUGCUUUUUUUCCUGCUGUAUUGUUAAGCGCUUUGAGCCUCUUGGCCACUGCCGAUGACAUCAAAACUAGAAAAGGGAAAAUUUUAAUUGUCACCGUUGUACCCGUGCAGCUUGUGAGAUGGAUGUUCCAAUCGACACAAACAAGGCUGGUUGAGUGUAGUGUACACGUUACUGGGUACUGAAAUGCAGAUGUCUCUUUUUGGUCAUAUGUCAUCACCACAUCUGGUCCCAUGAGAAGACAGCAAGGCUAGUUAGAUGCCAACCUGCUAACAAUCCUGUAAUGACAUCCGUAGUUUUUCUUUAAAUCGGCUCAUUAUUUACUAAAUCAGUGAGUAAUUUUCGACCUCUAAGCUAAAUAUGUGCAGAUACUACUUCAUUAUUAAUGCUGAUCCAGUACUUUUAGACCUAUGAUUUUGUGCCCUAUUUAGUGAUUAGUGAAGGCCUUCUGUUCCAUUUAGUUACUCUAUAUAGAUUAUACAGUGUGAGCUAGGGACUAUAAUACAAACAAGUUUCUACAUUUGAAUCAUAAAAUGUCACAUCUUUGUAGGUGUGAUGAGAGCAGGACAAAAAAUAUUUUUGAGGGAAAAGUAUAUAAGACCGUCAGGAAAAUAACAGUGAUGCUGGAAUUGUCCUUCAGUGGCAAGAUGCAGUAUGUGUUCAUUAAAAAGAAAUACUAUGUAGAGACGUAGCAGAGAUGUGUCAAAAGUACAUAUAUUGAGUGUGGGGCUAGUGUUUCAUUUGAAUGUCAGUUACCUUUGAUUUCCGUCUGCCUAACCUUCAGUGCAGUUCAUUUUUGUUCGUCCGCUCACACCCGCUGACUGCAGCACAACUACUAAAUGUGAAAACCUAACUGAAUUAGUCAGUGGGUUGACUUUAUUUUGUUCCACCUUCAGGUGCUACAACUCCAGAAAAUGUCUCGAUGGUUAGAGGUUUUAUCCCAUCUGCUGUCCCAUCCACUCUGAUUAUUUUGAGACAUUGCGAGACUCCUAAUAUAAUGUGUAAAUGUCAAAACAAUGUCACUUUUUAUGGUUAGUAACUUGACCUUUGACCUCCAACCUUGUUCCCCCUCUCCUGUUUCUGUCCCGUUACGCCAUGAGAAUGUGCCUUUUACACUGGCUAAGUAGAAGUACUGGACUUGUGCUUAAUGUCGAUUUAAUGUGUGCUUAACCAAAAUGCUAACAGGAAAAAUCCUCCCUGAAAUCUGAACUUACAUGUGCCUGCUGUGAUCUGAGCCGUCAACAGCUCUCUCCUCACGUAGAAAUCCAGAAAGAUGAAACACUUCCUAAAUGAACUCGGUUCAAGUUUGGCCAGUGGUCUAAUCCUCCAGCACUGAGCUAACUAGAUAUUGGGUGAGAUAGCGAGCUACAGUAUCACUUACUUUUAAGCUGCCCAGGGUGCUAGCUUUCUUUUCACGAGGUACAUGAUGACCUCUGCAACUGUGGCAGGCUUCAUAUGACAACUUUGCUGAGAAAGAUAUGUGAUAUUUCUGAUGUCUACAGUGUCCAAGAGCUGGUGACAGAAUUUACACAAAGUCUGUAUCAGCGGUGGCAUCUAGUUUAAAAAAUAUCUCUGGUUUAGAGGAAGACAGUAGAUCAGCCUGAACUACUGAGCAGCUGUACACUGUAUCUGGGGUCACCAGCUAACGAACCACUACAAUUAUGUAAUGGGAUUUAAAAAACAUGGCUACUCGUGCGCCUUGAGUCGGCUCCAGUGCUACCACGGGGUCAAACAGUUUUGGAAUAAUGCACGAACACUCCCAGAUCAGUAAUAUCAAGAUUUUCCCCGAUCCUCUUUCUGCUGCUGUUGUGCACUGUUAGCUUGCUUGCUAAUUAGGUCCGCUUGCUUAUGCAUUGUCCUCACUCACUAACUAGUUAGCUCACUACUUCACUAACUGCAGACAUUCUGAAGAUGCUGUCAGUAAAAGAUGGCCACUGACUUUCUAAUCAUCUGCGCUUGAUUCAAAUCCAGAAAAAAGCAGAGCGUCAGACCGGGGAUGUCUUACACUCCCCAAUUUGCUGUCAGCGGAGCUACUCAGAGACAUUUGAAGUGUUUCAUUCUGGAUAGGUGCUUACACUAACUCAGAUCAGCCUCUUUCUAGUCACCACAGACAGUAUACACGGUAUCUACAGCUGGAAAAUGCAUUUGGAUGUGGUUGCCUGAUUACCAAACAAUAAGUCACCAUGUUCAAAGAGGUUUAAGUUUUUUUUCUUCUCUUCAUGUGAAGCUUUGUUACCCCUCCUGCCAGCAUUUAUGUUUUACUCUUUUAACAUGGUAAUAUGUUGUAAUCACUGGCAACCAUCACCAGAGCGUUCGUGAAUUGUACAGUUGUCUGCUUCCACUGUGCAAGGCCUCAUUCAGACCUGAUCAGAGAACACCAUUUACACUACAUUAAUAAAAUCAUGGAUUUUCACAGACAGGACAGUGAUGCUCUCCCAGUUGGGUCCAAAUGCAACACUCGCACAACCCUGUGCUAAAAACACCGCAAUGCCUGAUGUGGUCUGAAUCAAGCCUAAUGCAUGCAGCAAUGCACUUUACAACACGUUCUCAUUUAAUACAACAGCGUUACUUCUUUUUGUACUUCCAGCACUCUUCCAGACAUUUGAAAAGGAUGGUUUUGUUUUUCGAGGAAUUUACUUGACUGAUUCUGUGUCUCUGCAUGCAUGACAGAACAUUAUUUUAAGUGAUGGUGUUAGCAUAGCUUAGCUCAAUUACUUGAUAUCAGUGGGUUCAAGUAGCAACUCAGCUUGUGUAGUGUAAAGGAUUAUCUCCGUACUUCUGCGCAGCCGCUAGUCGACCCCACAGACAUUUAGCAUUUGAGGUAAGCUGAGCUAAUUACGCUGUUUUACUUCAAGAUGCAUAGUAAAGUAAAGUCCUCUAGAAACCAAAUGAUCUUUUGAACACGACUUUCCCUGGGGAAAAAAAUCCAGUUUGUGCAGAAAUGGCUAAAUGUUUACGUCACAGCAGGGAGACAUGCUAAUGUCUGUGAUGGGCGGGUUUUUCCUCCACCAACAUGUUUUCUGAUUUAUUUUUAUCUAUCAUCUGUGAGUCAGUUUUAGCAACUCUGUAUGCAGAGUUUUCUGUGUGAUGUGUGCGUGUGUGUGCGUGUGUGCGCGUGUGUGUAUUUAGCUGAAAAUGCAUUGCGCAGAGUUUGUAUAUAUGAAAAAGAUGCUACAGCUUUGUUGCAGCUACGGCAUACUUUCUCUGUUGUAUUGAUUUAUUUAUUUUUGUUUUGUUUUUUUUUUCCAUGUGUAUAAGAUGACGCAAACCACCUGUCUCAACUGUUUGAAUCAUUUUUUAAAAAAUAUUUGGGAGACAUGGUUAGCAGUGCGAUUACACACAACGAUGAGUCUUCCUUCAAAAUAAAAUACAAUUAAAUAUAAAAAUAAAAAAAAACAGCAACUGGUGUAAGA